CGUUGCAACCGCAACCGCCAGUAGCAGCAAUUCAGAGAUAUAUGCAAGAUUAUAGAGCAAAAUAGUGGCCACAGAAAGAAUUGCAAUCGCUUUCGGGGUUUUUAUUUAAUGCACUGCACCUAAAACGAUACCCGGAUUGCAUUUCCCUUUGGAAUUAUCAUUUAUAACUGUGCCAGAUGCCUCUUUGAAUUAAAUGUAAUGUGAACGUGUACAGCAAUGUGGUUAUUAUUUUCAUGCGGAUGAGCUACUGUUGUGUCUUUCUCCCCCCUCCUAUUCUCCUUUCAUCAUAAUUGAAGAUCAUCUUUAAAUCAUUGGACUCUCCUGACCUGUAUAUGAAGACGGAGUCGGGACCGUAAUGACCGCCCGCUUCCGGUUGCCUGCUGGCAGAAGUUACGAUGUGGGAGCGUUGGAGGAGGCCAGAGAAAGACAGCACGUGCAGGUGGUGUGUAACGUUUUACUAUUGGACAACACAGUGCAGAGCUUCAGAGUUAAUAAGCAAGAUCAGGGGCGAGUCCUGUUGGACGUAGUGUAUAAACACUUGGAGCUAACCGAGCAAGACUAUUUCGGCCUUCAACUACCAGACGAUUCCUGUGACAGCCAGAAGUGGCUGGAUCCAAACAAACCUGUUAGAAAACAACUGAAAAGGACAACUCCACAUAAUUUGAGGUUCAGGGUGAAGUUUUUCGUGAGCGACCCCAGUAAACUACAAGAAGAGUACACAAGAUAUCUGUACUUUCUGCAGUUGAAACAGGAUAUUCUGACGGGAAGGCUUCCAUGCCCUCAGAAUACUGCAGUUCUUCUGGCGUCUUAUGCUGUUCAAGCUGAGUUGGGGGACUACAGUCACUCUGAACAUUUGCCCGGGUACCUCUCCGAGUACAGCUUCAUUCCCAACCCACCGCAGGACUUUGAGAAAGAGGUUGCCAAACUUCAUCAAGAGCACAAUGGACUCACACCAGCUCAGUCCGAGUUUAACUACUUGAACGCCGCGCAGACACUAGAGUUGUAUGGCGUGGAAUUGCACUAUGCUCGGGACCACUGUAACACAGAAAUUUACAUAGGAGUUUUGUCUGCUGGCAUCUCCAUCUAUAAGGACAGGGUACGAAUCAGCCACUUUCCAUGGUUAAAAAUUGUAAAAAUAUCUUUUAAAUCUAAACAGUUUUUUAUCCAACUAAGAAAAGAACCGAAUGAGAAUAGAGAGUCUUUACUGGGCUUCAACAUGAUGAACUACAGAGCUUGUAAGAACUUAUGGAAGGCCUGCGUGGAGCAUCAUACAUUCUUCAGACUGGAGCGGCCCAUGCCUCCCGAGAGAAGCCUCUUUCUGCAGUAUUUCACCCUUGGAUCCAAGUUCCGUUACUGCGGGAGGACAGAGGUGCAGUCCGUACAGUAUGGAAAGGAAAGAGGCAACAAGAACAGAGUUUUUGCAAGGUCACCGAGUAAACCUUUGGUUAGGAGGCUCAUGAGUGGUUUGGACUGGGAGACCGUCAGCAGGAACUCUCUCUCAGACGAUCGACUGGAAACCCAGAGUCUGCCCAACCGUUCCCCACCAGACUCGCCCAAUCACAGUAACUCCACUGAGGGCACACGGGUCAGGCCGUCUUCCAUUGGUCACCUAGUUGACCAUGUGAUCGAUGACUCGCCAUGUCAGACAUUCACCAAUCACAAGUCUGCAUCAUCCACUCAGGCCAACAGCAUCAGUCUGGACUCGACACCGUCUUCAGAUGUAACAACUGACGAACAGCCGCCCGCACUGCCCCCAAAACAGUCCAGAAAAGACCCUCUCACCCACAAUGGUGGAUCACAGUCCCAACUAGAUGACCAUAUCAGUGAAUUAUACAGUGUACCUGCGGCAUCUGGAAAGAGCAUGAAUGGAGCGGUACCUCAUGACAAUCUCGUUCUGAUUAAAAUGAGGCCAGACGAAAACGGACGAUUUGGAUUUAACGUUAAGGGUGGCGCCGAUCAGAGGAUGCCCAUCAUAGUGUCCCGUGUGGCUCCAGGAACUCCGGCUGAUAUGUGCAUGCCGCGCCUGAACGAGGGUGACCAGGUCGUGCUGAUUAACGGUCGUGAUAUCUCUGAGCAUACUCAUGAUGAUGUGGUUAUGCUAAUCAAAGCCAGCUGUGAGGACCAAUCAGGAGAGCUCAUUCUGCUUGUCAGACCCAAUGCGAUCUAUGAUGUAGAUGAAGAACAGGAGAAGUUGGAUCUGGAACUGGAUUUCCAGUACAUUCCUGAGACUUCAGACCUCAACAAGACCCACUUACAGGUCGACAGUCUGAAAUCCUCCAUUAAGCUGCUGAAAGAUGGUCUGUCCAGCGGUACCGUUCUUGCACAAUUUGAUCAACUAUACAGGAAACGGCCUGGGAUGCCUAUGUCAUGUGCUAGAUUACCGCAAAACGUCUCGAAAAAUCGUUAUCGGGACAUUUCUCCAUAUGAUGCCACUCGAGUCAUAUUGAAGGGGACGGAUGAUUAUAUCAACGCAAAUUACAUCAACAUGGAGAUUCCUUGUAAAAGUGAGGUAAAGCGAUAUAUCGCUUGUCAAGGGCCUCUUCCUGGUACCUGCUCUGACUUCUGGCAGAUGGUGUGGGAACAGAGCGCCACCCUAGUGGUCAUGCUCACAACGCAAGUUGAACGCGGCAGGGUGAAAUGUCAUCAGUAUUGGCCAAACCUUUCUGCAAGUGGCACCUAUGGGGGCUUCCAUGUGACAUGUGUAUCGGAGGAAGGGAACUCUGCGUACCUGAUCAGAGAUUUGACCCUUACACACUUGGAGAGUAACGAAGAGAGACACAUUUGUCAGAUGCAGUACUUGGCGUGGCCGGAUCACGGCGUACCUGAUGAUUCGUCAGACUUCCUGAACUUUGUCAGUCACGUACGCAGCAAACGAACCGAUGCAGAAGAACCGGUGGUGGUUCAUUGCAGUGCUGGGAUUGGUCGUACUGGUGUUCUUAUCACCAUGGAGACAGCGAUGUGUCUGAUAGAGAACGGACAGUCAGUGUAUCCCUUAGACAUCGUAAGAACCAUGAGAGACCAGCGUGCUAUGAUGAUUCAGACUCCUAGCCAGUACCGUUUCGUCUGCGAAGCGAUUCUGAAAGUUUACGAGGAGGAAAUCGUAAAACCAUGCGAGACUGAAACUCCCAGUGAAAAGGAAGAAUGAACGGUGCCCUUCAUUAUUGCUGAGGUUCUUCUGUGAUUUACAACUACUGCCAGUGAGAACUGCUCUCAGCUCGCUGUCUCCCCCUGCUGGGCGGCAGCGGACAUGACCGCCUGCAAGCUAGAAUACAGUCAAAAAAGCACUAUUGCACUUUACAGCGACAAACAAUGACUUAAGGGGAUUUUUCAUUUUAAAAAAAACAAGUAUCAGGUUACUGAUUAAUAGGUACUGUUCAUAAAAAGAAACUUGCUUUUGCUUUCGUGCCAAAAGCUGAAAUGAGCCACAAUGUCGGAAUGAAUUUUUGCAGCUAACGACAACAUUUUACGUUUUCCUAGCUAUUUAUUUGUUUAUUUUUUUAACAGUGGUCUUAAAAACAAUGGGUGCUCACCCCUUUCUCUUUCUUUUGUCCUGACUGUGACUGUAAUUGUUUUAACUGUUACGUUUAAAACUUGAAGUUGAAGUGUGUAGUUUCCGCCUACUAGUGGCGCCAAUCGGAAUUGCAAAGACAAUGUAGUAAUGGCUGUUUUCAAGCAGGUUUCUCAAACACUCCUAUUGGUCGAACAAACAGAGAGUCCUGCCCCAAACUUACGCCAUUGGUUGAGUCAACCAAUGCUCAAACGAACAGUUUACAAGUUGAAAUUAACUUACGAAUGGCUAACUUAGUUUAUUAAGCUGGAGUAAGCGAAAGUAAAUUAACACUGAAAAAAAUUACGCACUUCAGCUUCAAGUUUAAAUAAACGUUUUUUUUUUCCUCAAAGGUUUCAGCUGCAGCUAGUUUUGACCCCAACGCUUUGAAGAUAGUCUCAUCAUUUGUUACUUUACACAUUUUCAAUGGAAAUAUUAAAGUUCUACCUAAAGUUUACUGAAAUUAACAGGCACCAGCUUUGAGUCAGCUACAUUGAAAAUGAGUCACGCUGACGAUGUUUCUUGCUGCCAAAUUUCACAGCUGUUUGCCUCAAACUGAUUGGUGGGCUGCUUUGACUAAUUGAGUAUUUAUUGUGAGGGCAUGACUAGUAUGUGAAAUGUCAGUCGUCUUUAUCGUUAAAUAUGCAACAGGCAGCUGUUUCGCUCUACGAUCCACGUCUGCAGGAUCUUGGAAGCAGAUUUUUAUUUUUAAUUUAAAGCUGUGAAUUUUUGCAUUUGCUCCAUUGACUGAGACUGGAAACGGCUUGUUUUCAACCGAUUGGUAUUUUGGACGUAAAUUAAGAUGUAAAAAUGCGUCAAUUUUUCACUGAGACGUUGUCUACCAUUCGUUCCCAUAUAUUGCUUAAUAUCUAAACAUCCUUAUAACAAGUUACAUUUAUUGAGAAUAAAAAUUGCAUAAGAUAAUAAGACUUGUUUUAGAGAAUAUCUUUAACCACAGUGGCAAAUACAAAAAUUGCCAAUGGGAUAAGAAAAAUAAACAAUUCAAGAUGUAUUCUCUGAGAACAAGUCUUUAAUAUAUUAUGUAAUUUUGCUUCUAAAGUAAAUUAGUCUUGUUUUUAAGUUUGUUUGGAUGUUUUUUACAGGAAAACGACAAAUAUAGAUUUUUUUGCAGUGAAAAUCAUCAUAUGGUUUCAUGUUAAUUUCCUCCAUGUUUGCGAUCAAAUUUUCCAGACUUUUAUUGCAAGCAAUGGGUUAGCUUAAGAUUUCAGUUGUACAAAUAUCACAUAAUACGAAUAUUUUGCAUCCUUCGCCAAGUAGAAAUAUCUGUGCUGCACUCCAUAAAGAGUACAGAUUGAAAUUCUGCUUAUCAUUGAUUAUGCAUAUCCCAGAUCUUCUCUAAUCUUACUGGUUACCUAUUAGCUACUACCUGUAAUAUACUCUAUCAUGUUUAAGUGGUCAUAGUUCUGGCUAUAGAACACAGUAGAGAUGAUGGGUGCAUUUACAGAACUCAUUGCGCAUUUUAACGUUUUAUUCACCGCAAGUGCAGGUGCAUUUUACAAACCCUUGCGGAUCUGCACUUUUAGCCUGUAACGAUCAAUGAGCCUUAUUCAUAAAAUGUGCAAAACAAAUUUAAUUGUAAAUUGUUCAUAAAGUCGUUCUUAUGGAAUUUGUCAAUGCAUCCGUUUACGUAAGAACGGUUUUACGAACAAUUUACAUAAAUUUGUUUUGUUUGUAUACACAUUUUUUUACGGUGCAUAAUCAUGAAACGUAAAGUUCUCAUUUUCUGUAUUUUUGAGGGAAUGUUUAUUAAUUAUGGCGCAAUUCAAAAUUUAUACCGUUUUUAACGCAAUGCUCCAGAUCAUCUCAAAAGUUGAUGAAAAUUUUACGAACAUGACUUCUAUGGCACUUCUGGUCGCUAAAGUACGCUGUACGAUGUUUCGCGGUGCCAUUGCGUAAACUAUUUGGCGUCAAGGACCAAUCCCGCCCACCGUUUUGAAUGUUAGCCGACUUUGCUUCAGUGGUACGUCGUUAUAGCGCAGCAGCUAGAAAUUUACUACCAAUGUCGCAUUGGAAGUGGUGGUAUUUUUGUAUUUAAAGAAAAAAAUAAAUGAAAAAAGGACAGCACUUUGCAACUGACUACAGUAGUCUGCUGUGCUACUGUAGAAUUUAUACUGUAAUUGUGAGAUGGGGGAAAAAUAUGCUGUUUAAUUAUAUUUAUGUUAAAAAAUUUGGCAAAAAGAGACACUUGUGGGGGAUGGGGACUCUUAACUACAUGGUGUCAUAUGUGAAAUAUUUGUAAAUACGAUGUUAUAUAUUAAAAGUGUUCUGAAAAGAUAUAA